AUGAAGAUAAUAUUGGUGACUGUGAUGCUUAUAUUUAUUGUAAAAAUAAUUAAUGCUAAUCAAAGUGAGGAUGACUCAUCGAAAUCUAAUACUUUGCGGAGUACUGAACUUAGAGAGGCCAACACGCCCGUAACAGGAAUUAAUAAUAGGUCGUUUCCAAAUAAGACAAAGAAGUUUAUUGUGACACUUAAAAAACCUGUUAAAACGCCUUACAGUUUGCCGAAAAGAACACCUAAAAAGUCGUUUGUCCCAAAACUCCAUAUAAAAUAUAACGUGCCUAAUGGAAGUAUCGGUAUUUUUCCUGUACUUAGUACAAAGCGUCCUCAUUUGAUGCAAACUAAAAAGUUUAUUUCAAAACCCCACACCAUCGACCGGGCGCAACAACUAAUAGAAAUAAAAAAUUUCAACAAAAAACGCACUCAAAGCAAAUUUAACCAAUUUAUGACUGAAAAAACAUUGAAAAAUGUCGACAAGAACAAAUAUAAAACUGAAGUCCCAGAGAACUUUGAAGAACGUUUUAAAAAUUUUACAGAUAUCGACAUUUCAAACGAAAACGAUUCUGAUGAAUCGAAAGAAAAUGUCAAACCUUUACCCCGAAGGUUUAUAAAAGGAGCAGCUUCUCUUAAAGUCACAACUAUUGCAACUCCUCCUAUUACUAACGCCAAAGUUGCGAAAGACUAUAAAAUAAAAGAUUUAUUAAAAAAUCCGAAAUAUAUGCCUCAAGUCGAAAGAAAAAAGAUGGUUCCAGUACUCGCUCUUCAGAAGAGCGAAAUAACAGCUAAUAAUACAAACGAAGACAUCAUGCCUACCAUAAAAUCUUCCGAAGGUGUAUCAGAAAAUAAUUUAAAACUGUCGACUAAAAACAAUGAUUAUUCCUCAGAAGAAAAAGCUGACCAGAAUGAGUUUAUUUUUAUUAAAGAAAAUAAACAUAAAUCAAUGACCACGACGACGUUGAGUCCUGAAGAUGACGAAAUAGUAACGAUGGAUACAAUAGAUGAUGCUGACGUUCGACAGGAGAGAUCUGUCAACGUAAUAGAGGAGGAGAGCGUUGCGACGACGUCAGGGUCUAAGUUCACAGCGAAGGACUGGGCCAUGAGCCUUGAAUUUGCAUAUAAAAAUAUUCAUACG